AUGGAAACUUUCUCCAUUUCUCAUAUCCUUCGAUACAUUCCAGAGAAGUCCAAGAAAAUUAUCUCGUGUGCACAUGGACUAGGAAUGUUACUGAAGGUUUCCAAGGCUCUAUUUUUAAAUGACUUCUGGAAACAAUCGGAUCUCUUACUGCUUCCAGAGCCUGGUGAGCCAAAAUCUCAACACCUACUGGGCGUUCAGCAUCACAGGGUGAAGCUGCUUAAAAGCACACACCACCAGCAAAGUCUCUUUACAGAAGACGUGCUUUGUAAGACCUUGGGCUUUAGGGCUGUGAGCAACUCACUGAUUUCUGAAGGAAGAGGUGUCUUGUCACUAAAGGACUGGUACCAAGGGGCAGUUGUGCCUAUGUAUUCUGGGAACAGCUCAGUUAUAGGUAUGGUAGAUCGGAAGUAUGGGUCAAUCUUUUUCCAGUCCACUGGAAAUCCAUUUAUUUUUAGACGCUUUAUUGAUGGAAAUGACAAAGUAGCAUCAAAACUUGAAUUUGAUGGGCCUGCAGUUUUCCCUGUAGACCUGAAGCAUCUCCCAAACAUUGCCCACAACUCCCACAAACAAAGCCCACUCCACUGUGUUGCACUUAGGGGCAUCAAGCAAGGACAGGAGCUUUUCUCAAGCUACGACAUGGUUAUUAGCAAAUUUGGUGGAUUAAAAAUUAGGCUUUUAAAAGUUUUAAAACUGGGAGCGAGGGCUAAGGGAACAGAAAAGAAGGAGGAAGUGGAAGAGGUAUUAAGGGAUGAGGAAGAGAAGCAGAGCUUAAAGCUGCACCACAGAGUUCAAUCUUAG